UUGCACGAUGUCUAUGUAUUUCUGUUUAAGGUCAACAGAAUUCUUUCGGUUACAGCAGUUGUCAUUAUAUGAACUGCAUUCAAUCUCAACUAAAAUGCAGGCGAAUCUUUGAGAAGAAGGGUGCACCGGGGCAACAACAACAACUAAAUCCUCUUCCAAUACAUCGUCGGUACAUAGAGCGUGUAUUCUUACGCUCGCUGAAGGUUGCACUGACGACUAUUUGGAAUGGCUGACUUUGGAUAUGCCCGAUAUGGGGAGGAUGACGAAGACCAGGAGGAGGAUGAGUUUGACCCACAGUUUCGGUUUGGAAGCCGAGAUGGGCUGAUCUUCCUGGUGGACUGCACCAAGGACAUGUUUGAAUCGGAUGACGAUGAAGAAUCUCACUUCCAAGUCUGUAUGAAGUGUGUGCAGACCUGCAUGCAGAACAAGAUCAUCAGCAGUGACAAGGAUUACAUGGGCGUUGUCUUCUUCGGGACAGAAAAAUCUGAAAAUCCAACUGAUUUCAAGCACAUCUACAUUUAUCAGACUCUGGACCAGCCAGGUGCUCCUCGUAUUCUGGAUCUGGAGGAACUGCAAGAGAAGGGCUACAAGAAGUUUGGUACCAAGUACGGUCACAGCGACACCUUCUCCCUCAGUGAGGCUCUCUGGACGUGCGCCAGCAUGUUCUCCAAAUGCACUCAGAAGAUCAACUACAAGAGAGUGAUGCUCUUCACCAACAAUGAUGACCCUCACUCUGGGAACCCUCAAUAUCAGCGCCAGGCAAAGACAAAAGCAAGUGACCUUCAUGAGACUGGGAUUGACCUUGAACUGAUGCACAUGCAGAACCCAGGGGAGAGGUUUGAUGUCUCCAAGUUCUACAAGGAUCUUCUGUACACAGAUGAUGAUGAGCUGACAGAGUUACCUGACCCUGCAGAGAGGUUGGAAGAACUGCUCACCAGGGUGCGAUCCAAGGACCACAAGAAGAGAGCACUGCGCAGGAUCACCUUCAACCUCGGAGGUGGCCUAGACUUCUCCGUUGGAGUGUACAAUCUUGUUCGGAGUUGUCCUAAACCAUCUGCAGUGAAGCUGUCUCGGAACACCAACGAGGAACUGAAGAGUCACUCCAAGACAUACCUGGAGGAAACCGGGGAAGUGCUGAUGCCACAAGAUCUGAAGAAAGCUCAGACCUAUGGCAAUCGCAGAAUCUGUUUUGAAAAUGAUGAGGUGACUGAGAUUCGCAGGUUCGGCUCUUCAGGUCUCACACUGAUGGGGUUCAAGCCUCGGACCUCCAUAAAGAAACAUCACCAUGUUAAACCAUCCUCCUUCCUGUACCCUGAUGAGAGUACUUACGCUGGUAGCACGACUGUGUUCACGGCACUGUUAAGAAAAUGUCUCGACCGGGAUGUUGCACCCAUCUGUAAAUACAUUCCUGGGAAAAACAAUCCUCCCAAGUUUGUUGCUUUGAUGCCACAGAAGGAGGAGGUGGACGAGCACAAGGUACAGACCACCCCUCCAGGAUUCCACAUCAUCUUCCUGCCCUUCGCCGACGACUUCCGCAAGGUGCCAGCGGAGGACUGUCCAAGAGCAACCACAGAGCAGAUCGACAAGGCCAAGGAGGUGAUCAAGAAACUGCAGUUUAAGUUCAGCAGCGAGUCCUUCGAGAACCCCGUCCUGCAGAACCACUGGCGGAACAUCGAGGCUCUGGCAUUGGACAGGGAUGCUCCGGACGAUCUGGUCGACUAUACCAUGCCCAAGGAUGAGAAGAUGAAGAAGCGAGCUGGGAACACUAUUGAUGACUUCAAGGACCUCGUGUUCCCUGAAGACUAUGUCCCUGGUGCCAAGAGGAAGGCCGCCCCGAGUGAAUCGGCCGCAGCCAAGGCAGCCAAGCUGGCUAUGACAAUGGUGGACCUCGACAUCAAGAAGGAGGCCCAGGCUGGCCGGUUGGGUAAACUAACUGUAGCAGUGCUGAAGGAAUACAUCAAGAAAGAGAAGAUACCAUCAUCAGGGUCGAAGAAGGCCGACUUAAUUGAUGCCAUUAGUGCCCACUUCGGUGUGGAGUGAUGGCGGCGGUCGGUUACUUGGAGACUCAAGUUUAUACAUGUUUGACAUGGACAGGCUUGACUGUGCAGUUGUUAUAGUCGGAGCAAUUAUGACAAGUCUGUUAGUUUGCACAUUAUAUCCUCAUUUUGUCAGACAUGCCAGUGGAACCAUCAAGCUACAAUUUUCUACGAUUGGAACUGUACGAAUUUAGCGCAUCAGGGACUUGUGUCAUGAAUCUUACAAAUGUCGUACAUGUUUGGGGUUUUUGGACGCCUAAGAAACAUUUGUAAAUUUCUCGUCAAUCACAAGAACAACUGUAAAACAUCUCACUCACUUAUAACAAACGACUUUAUCUUAAAAAAAGGCCAUCAUUUGAGUAUUUACAAUGUCUGUGUGAUGCCACACAUCUUGUUAUAGUGCAAGUAAUUGUAGUAAACAUGGCCGUCCGAAAACGUUUGCUUCCAAAAACCUAUGACCUGACGAUACUUAUAGAUCUACAGUAGUCAGAGUGCUGAUAGCUCUGUUGAACAGGACACAGCAGGGUCACAAUGCAAACACAGAUCAUAGUGUAAGCAUGGGCUAGUUUUGUUUAAUGAAUAUGGUAUGAAAACUGAAGGAUUUUAUUAUCAGUCUAGGUAUUGCUACACUUUCAGAGAUAACUCUGGGGCUGCUGGGUGGUUGGGUAGCCAAGUGGUUAAGCGUUUCGCUCGUCACGCCGAAGACCUGGGUUUGAUUCCCGACAUGGGUACAAUGUGUGAAGCCCAAUUCUGGUGUCCACUGCCGUGAUAUUGCUGGAAUAUUGCUAAAAGCGGCGUAAAACCAUACUCACUCACGGGCUGCUGGAGUCCCACAGUAUGAUGUAUCAGUGCACGAUCUCCCAAUUACAUUAUUAACCUGGGAAUAUUUGCACAGACACAGUUUCAGUUGUGUAAAACAUGACCAAUGUUGUUGAUUGCUAACUUCAGGAAUGCAUAAAUAAUUCAAUGAAGAAAUUGAAGUUAUUAACACAGUGAAUGAGAGGUUGUUAUGGUCUAUUCAUGACAAUAUCGUCAUCAUCCAGUCCCAGUUCAUGAUAGGAUUAUUCCACAGUCUGCCUGCCUGGUUGUCUUGUCUGUGAAGGGCAGAAAGAACUUUUUGCUAGAAGGCAUCCAUAGAUGCACAAAUGUAAGUUUGUGUGAUUCUCCCGCCCCCCAAUAUAUGAGGAACUUUUCUUGUCGCCUUUUCACAGAAUACAUGGGGGAACCGUCCAAUUAGUGACCCACCUGGAAAUAAGGGUCCUUAUGGAUGAAAAAUCCCAUUUUGCUUUCUAAUAUUUUAAAACUACAGAACCUUAGGACCAGAAAAUUGCAGUUUAUAUUAAGUUUAAGUUCAUAUUUAUUACAGAGCUACAUGGCGUGAAACAUUUGGAUUUAUUUUCUGCAAAGUCCCAUUUUCAGACUUAUGACUGUUUAUGUAAUGAUAGCAAUUAGUCAGUAUGUCUGAUUUUAUUGAACAUAGACAUCUAUGCUGAAAUGUAUUGAAAUAUUUUUUUUCUUACAUUACGAACUAA